AUGUGGAGUUUCUUGGAGCAGCUACCGAUCUACACUUUGCCUUUGUAUCUUGGCGCUGCAUUGGUACUCUUUAGAAGGUACAAUUCUAGAUCAUCGUUGACCAAGAAGCUACCACCAUCACCACCAAAGUUACCGAUUAUAGGCAACCUCCACCAGCUGGGUGCACUCGUCCACCAAUCCUUUUUAUCUUUGUCCAGACGCUAUGGUGACUCGCUCAUGCUCCUCUACCUCGGCUCAGUCCCAAGCCUGGUGGUCUCGUCAUCUGAAGCAGCUCGCGAGAUCAUGAAAACACAUGAUAUUGCAUUUGCCAGUAGGCCAAGCACAAGGAUGUUCAGAACCAUCUCCUACAACCUCAAGGAACUAACAUUAGCUCCAUAUGGUGAAUAUUGGAGGCAAGCAAAGAGCAUUCUAACUCGCCAGCUUCUAAGUAACAAAAAGGUCCAAACUUUUAAUGAGUUGAGGGAAAAGGUAAUUGUCGAAUGUGUUUAUAAAAUCACCCAAUGUUUCUUGUCUAGCAAGCCUGCAGACUUGAGCGACUUGUUUUGCUCACUUUCAAAUGAUGUGACAUGUUUGGCUACGUUCGGGAGGACGUAUAAUGAAGGGGAGAUUGGGAGGAAAUACAAGAAGAUCAUGCAAGAGUUCUUGGAGGUAUUGGGUAGCUUUUAUUUGGAGGACUCGUUUCCUCUUCUUGCGGUGGUUGAUCGUCUUAGAGGUCUUACUUCUAAAGUCGAUAGGGUCGCAUUAGAAUUUGAUGAGUUCCUCCAAGGUGUAGUCGAUGAGACCAUAAAGAAAGUAGUCAAUAACCCGACUCCAAAUGGUGAAAAUGACGUGGAAAGCUUCAUUGAAGCUCUGCUUAAGAUUCAGAAAGAUGAUAACAUGGGUGGAAUCACCAUCGAUGGGGAUGUUGUCAAAGCACUCCUUUUAGACGCGUAUGUUGAUGGGACAGAUACAUCUUCAGCCGUACUUGAAUGGGCGAUGACCGAGCUGUUGUUAAAUCCGAAUAUUCUGAAGAAAGUCCAGGAUGAGGUAAGGAGUGUCGUUAAUGGAAAUGAUGAGAUAACCGACAAAGAUCUGGGAAAAACGACGUAUCUUAAAGCUGUGAUAAUGGAAACUACACACCUCCAUCCUCCCCUUGCCCUUCUACCUCCAAGAGUCGCACGAUAUGAUGUAAACGUAAUGGGGUACGAUAUUGCUGAAGGAACAAGGGUAUACGUGAACGUUUAUGCAAUUAUGAGGGAUUCUAAAGUAUGGAGUGAAGCUGAAACGUUUCUGCCAGAGAGGUUCUUGGAGUCAUCUAUUGAUUUCGUAAAACACAAAUUCGAGUUACUUCCAUUUGCUGCUAGAAGACGAAGUUGCCCUGGAGCGAUGGUAAACCUUCAGUCAAGUAAGGCAGUGGAAGUAAGCGUUAAAGCCGGUGGUGGUGAACGAUCGACUGUAGGGUGGUGGUGGUGA